GCCUUUUAUCGCUUUUCAAAUAGUUAGGCAUACAAAUUUCACUAAUUGUUUUUACAAUUAAACGGGUAUUUGGAAAUGGCCUAUUUUGUAAAGCAGUUUUUCCAAACACUCUAUCUUCUUCACUUGUUUGCGCGCAAGUAGACAAAAGAAAAAAUGCGAACAUCGUAGUUGAUAGGUAUGUAUGUACAUACGUACUGAAUAAACUUUCCAAGUAUUGUUUUAUGUUGAAAGCAUCAAAUUUACUAUAAACAAAUCUAGAACGAUUCAGACAGCCGUUGGGGACGGUUGAAAUUGCACGCGCAGCCAAACAGCCAGCCAGCCACGUUGAAAUGCAAUUGAUCUGAGCGCGUACUGAGCAAGUGUAAGACGGCGUUGUUUCUUAAGUGAAUAACGAGCGUUAAAAAAAAAUAAAUUAAAUUUCUCAACGCAGCAACACAAGUGUCGAAGAAAAAUUAACCGAAACCAAGAGAAAAAAAUUGAAAAGUGUUCUAAUUCAAUUUGUGUUCAAGUGUGCGGACAACUACGAUAAGCGAAAGUGAUACGAUUAUUUAGCAAGCGAAGUGAUUUCGUCACAUACAUAAAGGCGUUACACUCUGUAUUGCAGCAGUUAUGGUUUCGAGAAUGUUGUUCACAAUCAAUACUUAUACAUUACUUAUGCUACUCAUAUCUCACACACUGCCCGCGCCAACCACGUCCUCUGCGCUGCCAUACCACGACGAUGACAUAUUCGACUUGAGCGCUACGCGUCCUGAUCCGCAUGCCAAUCAAUUGCGUCUUUGGCUGACAAUUAGCGCGCGUCAUCGUUACUUGGAGGUAUCUUGGAUGAAUGCGCCUGCGCUACCCGAUGACCACAUAUUGAUCACCUCGCAGGAGCCUCACAAAUUUGAGCGCGUCGAAUGGACCACCGGCACACCGCUGGCCGCAUUCGACAAGGCGGAGGGCAGGGGUUUUGUGCCAAUCGAUGGCAUCACUGAGCGCAGCACAUCCUCGCCGACGCGCUACUUGCUUGAACACGAUGCGGAUAUAAAUGCAAACAACACCUUCGUAAGCGGCUCUGGCUCUUUGGACGGCAUGCCGACUGAAAUGCCGCGCAGCGCUACAACACCCCCACGUCAUUAUUGGAUUUCAAAUAAUGGCGCAAAUGAUAUUGUAGCAGCGCUACAUCCAGGCGCUGCCUCACAAUGGUUCACCACCGGUGUGCCCUUUGAUUAUGAGCUCUCGCGCAAUGUGACCGCGACAACUGGCUGCUAUGGCUAUUGGGCGAGUUAUGUGAAUGGCAGCGGUGCGAUAUUGAAGAGCGCUUGCUUGCGCGCCUAUCCGCGUUGGAUGCGUGAAAUGCAUACGGUGGUGGGGGGUAUGCGCAUGCGCGAUCUAUUCAUACCCGGCACACAUGAUUCCGGUUCGUACAGACCCAAUUUUGAUCCACUGCUCCGUGAAACGCUCGUCACUAAAUAUGCAUUGACGCAGGACGACGAUAUUCGCGGUCAAUUGCUGCAUGGUGCGCGCUAUUUGGAUAUACGCGUCGGCUACUAUCGCAACACACCGGAUAAGUUCUAUAUCAAUCAUGGCGUUACGAGGCAGCGGCCUCUGGCGGAAAUUAUCCAGCAGGUGAAGGAAUUUGUCUUGGAAACGAAUGAGAUCGUGAUAUUUGGUUUGAAAGAGUUUCCGGUCGGUUUCGGCAAGGGCCUCGGUGUUCAUCGUCUGCUGGUCAGUUACUUACAACAACAAUUUGGAGACCUUAUUGUACAUCCAUCGGCAUCAUGGCGCGCAACAUUGAAUGAUAUUUGGUCUCGUCAUCAAAAUGUUAUUUUGGCUUACGAUAAGAGUGCAGUGGUAGCCGAAUUUCCACACACACUUUUCGGAUCGGUGGAACAACGCUGGGGCAAUGUGCAAACUUGGACGAAUUUGGAGAGGCAUUUGCGUUCGAUAAACAAAUUUGAUGUGUCUCGCUUAUCAAGUCGCCCUGUUGCGGAUAUGGCUGAACUUACACCCGACACGUGGGGUGUUAUACUCGAUAAAUACGGUGGCCUGCGAAAAAUGGCCGAUCAAGUCAAUUGGCGUAUUUCACAACUUUAUCGCGACGAGUUGGGCGCAACUGCGAAUAUUGUGGCGGUAGAUUUCGUACGUGGCACCAGUUUGAUGGAGAUUGCAAUCGAAUGGAACAAACGAAAAGUGGUUUAUUUUUAGGGAGGGUAUCGUGGGGGGAGAAGAAAGUGACAAAGUAGACUAAUCAGUAAUAGACAUUUAAAUAAAAAACAAGUCUAAUUUCUAAGUUAUUCCAACUUGUAAACAAUAUCUAUAGCCGUAAUGUUGUGAUUUUAGUUGUUUGAGGUAUUCAAAUAGAUGUCUCAAAUUAUGGGAGCCUAUAAGAUUUCAGUUAGUACUCCCAUUUCAAGCAUUGGUUGCGUAAAAAACAGAUUGUCAAACUUCAAACAAUUAACAUGUAAAACAUUCUGCCUACGGCCUAUCAUCAAGCGAAAUUCAUCUUACUCUCUGCAGCUUUCAUUCCACAAAUUUCUUACUAUCUCUCUUUAGUGCUAAUUUAGGUAAAAUUAGUAGAGAUUAUAUUAAAAAAAAAACAACAAAUUCAAACCAAAGCAUUGCACAUAAAUGCACAUAGAAUUAGAAAAUUUAAAUAUUUGAAUAAAUAUUUUUUUACGAACUGGGGAAAUACUUCGAGAUGUUUUAGUAUUUACUUAUUCAAAAUGCAUGUUUUUCAGGAAUUUUUUUGUUUUU